AUGGCAGAACAUGUACCCGACAACGUGAAAGCUCGGCUUAAGAGCUCUUACGAUGCCAUAGCGGACACUUACAAUGCCAACUUCACAAAACCCGACGAUCCCGUUAGACUUCACUAUCUAAACCUUCUACUGUCUCGGCUCAAGGCGAACAACGAUUACUCAGCUUCAGUUCUUGAGCUGGGCUGCGGCGCCGGUGUUCCCGCUACCAAGCACCUCCUCGAAGUCGAAAGACCUGUGAUACACGUCACGGGCAACGACCUGUCAACGUCUCAGCUGGACCUCGCUCGCAAGAACCUGGCUGAGUACGAUGACCACCUCACGCUCGUUGAAGGGGACAUGAUGGCUCUGUCUUUCCCUGAACAGACCCUCGACGCUGUUACAGGCUUCUACAGCAUCAUCCAUCUGCCUCGCGAAGAGCAGACCCAACUCGUCCGGAAUAUAGGGAGCUGGCUAAAGCCGGAUGGCUUGCUGUUGGCCAACUUUGCAGUAGAUGACUCGGAUGGGCAUGUCGAGGAGCAAUGGCUAGGCGAAGACAAGGGUUGGAUGUAUUGGAGUGCGUUUGGCGAAGAAGGCAGUGUCAAGAUGCUUGAGGACGCGGGGUUAGAGAUUCUCGUUCGAGAGACGAAACAGGUUGAGGGAGAUGCAAACUUUGUCUGGCUUCUGGCCAAGAAGACUGGAGCUUGA